CUUCAAUAAGAAAACGCGGAGAGCUGUUGGGAAUCUCUCCAAAGGGACUGUGGGCUGCAAUGACUUCAGGAAUAUCACGGGAAUUGAAUUCCUGGGCUCUGGUUAUACUAAGACCGUUCUGAAAGGGACGCUGCAGGACGGAACUGCCGUCGCCCUGAAAACGGUGAACAGUCAGGGUGUUGAAGUGAAGCGCUGUCUCCAGCGGUAUGGACAGCAACGAGACUGCUUCAGAUUGGCAGCUUAUAAAAUCAUCAAGGAAAUGAUUCUUCUCCAGAAGCUCCAACAUCCGAAUAUCAUCCAGUUGUACGGUCAGUGCUACUCCGGCAGUUUGCAAGAUGGGCCUGUCAUUACCGCGGUGGUGGAACAGGGAGCUCCAGUGGAAAUGAUUCAACUCUUGCAAACUCCUUGGGAGGAGAGAUUUAGGAUUUGCCUGAGCCUAAUGAAGCUACUCCAUUACUUAGCUCACUCCCCACUUGGAUCGGUGCUUCUGUUAGAUUUCCAACCGCGUCAGUUUGUCCUUGUGGACGGAGAGCUUAAAGUGACGGAUUUGGACGACGUCAGCACGGAAGAACUUCCCUGUACAACAGACAGCGACUGUGUCAUUGAAUUUCCCACCAGGAGUUUCAGUCUGCGAUGUGCAGCAGAUGGGAAAUGCCAUAAAAUAAAUGAAAAGAGAAACCUUUACAACGCGUUCAGAUUUUUUUUAACAUACUUGCUGCCUUAUGGUGCACCCUCUACCUUAAGACCUCUCCUGUGGAAAAUUAUGAAUGCAACAGGUGACCUACAAUAUGGGAUUAAUGAAACACUCGAAGCUUUUGAAGAAGUGUUGUAUCUUUACAAAUCUGGAUUGCCCCGCAUUAAUCAUUUUCACUGUCUUUCAGAUUAUAAGGUAUAUGAAGGAUUUCGCAUUCAUGAUAAUUUGGACUACAAAUGUUGGCCAUCUUACAACCUCCAGGGUUGUUUGCUGUCUGUCCACAAUACAGAGGAGGCUGCUGCAAUCUGUCACUCUCAACAACAGUGCCAAAGUUUCACUUUUACCCAGCAGAAAACACGGCUUGGCCGAUACUUGGUUUCAUUCAGAAGCAGCACCAAGCUAGUAUUGGAUAGUAAUUCAACUGUCUACAUGAAGUCAAGAAGCUUAAGGGCAACAAUGUGAAGAAUCAAGAUCAUAGAAGUAGUUUAUCUUGAAAGAAAUCUGAAACUAGUUAUAGUUUCAGGAAUUAAAUGCA